AGGAUAGGCUGCCGGUAAUCGCUAAUUGGGCCAUUCAAUGGAUCAUUCUGGGAAAGGCUUCAUGCACGACUGCAGUCUUGGCUAAGGCUGAAUAUCUCCCAACCCAGGACCCCCGCUUAAGGGCGUUCGGAGUCGACUGGUUUGACCUCACCUCACCUCUUUCAUCUCUCCUCACCCGCGGUCAUGUCAUUCACCCAGCUUCCAAAUGAGAUAAUACUACUGAUAGCACGGGGGCUAAGCGACUUCCGAGACCUCAGCGCCCUCCUCCGCACAAGCAGACGCCUAGCGUCCCUCCUCAGCUCUGAAAUAAUCAACGCCGUUUUCCGCAGCAAUCGCGCCGGUAGAUACGCUGGAAAGCUUCUAUUUAGCGCCGCUAGCCGUGCGGACGAGUCUACAUGCGAGUACCUCAUCCGAGAGAAAAGAAUCCUCAAUGUGGCAUAUUUCAGCCACGGCACGGUCCUGCAUGCCGCGAUAUCGAGCGAAAGCACCACCAUCCUCCGUACAAUCCUGAAGUACCCGGGGAUUGACGUGAAUCAGCCAGACCCCGACGGGAGAACCCCGCUAUUUUACGCGGUGGAGUUGGUCCAUGCUGCGGCGGUACGACUCCUCCUGCAGCGAGAGGAUAUAGACGUUAAUUUUGAAUCCGACACUUUUAUGAAUGCCUUGCGUUUUGCGGUUUCCGAGGACUACGAUGAGCUGGCUCUCGCGCUGUUGGAGGACCCGAGGACGGAUGUCAAUCACCGGGGGCGUGAUGGACUGCCGGUGCUGCAUUCGGCUGCCUGUGGAGGUCAUUAUCGGACAGUUAGGGCACUUUUGAUGCACAGGGAUAUUCAGGUCAAUACUGUGACGAGAAACGGAGACACACCGCUGCAUCUGGCGGUGCGUAAGGGCUAUGAUCGGGUGGUUGGGGCACUUUUGAAGCACAGGGAUAUUCAGGUCAAUGCUGUGACGAGAAACGGAGACACACCGCUGCAUCUGGCGGUGCGUAAGGGCGAUGAUCGGGUGGUUGCGAAACUUUUGAAGCACAGAGAUAUUCAGGUCAAUACUGUGACGAGAACCGGAGACACGCCGCUACGCUUAGCGGAGGCUGGUCGGUUUGGAGAGGUGGCGCAGGUUCUGAUUGCCGAUGAGCGGGUUGAUGUCAAAUGGGAGAGACUGCAGACUGCAAGGCUCUACCUCUGGAUGUACCCGCCUCAGGAGUCAGCCAGUUAUCGCGGAUGCUCACUCUUCUGCUAUGACCAGACGACUUUGAUCCAUACUAGUGGCAGGUGGUCUUAUCCUGUGCCCCCAUUUUACCGGCGAUACAGAUGAUGGUUCUAUUUAGCGACGAAUGUACUAGUUUAUUACCUCAUUAAAAAGAUGUGCCUGAGAGUUCGGAAGUCCAGAGGUGAGAUAUGGUGAAGAGAGGUAAACAGUAUUGGGGAGACGUAAGAAGCAGCGAGGAGAUAGAAGGGAACGGGGAGAAGAGAGCGGAGGAGAAUGGAAGGAGAGAAAAAGGAAGGCGGAAUUUUUUGAUCUAUAUAUAUAAAGUUGCCUAUUCGCCCCAUGGGGCUAGCGAGAGACUGCGAGGGGCUGCACAAGUGAUACUUCCUGAGUUCAGUUCUGGUUAGGUUUUUUCCUUUUUCUGGAAGCAGGUGGAGGACUGUAGCAAUUGCGCUGGUGCAGAUGAUCUCGAAGUUCAAAUUGUGAACACGCUCUCCAUUUGGGGAUAAAUUUCAGAUUUUGCCCGGUGCCUUAAAAUUGGACAGUGGAAAUAUCGCGCAACCCGAGGAAGCGCCACUGGGGUAGUAGCCAUAUCUUCUGACCUC